GAUGCCGACGUUGUCUUUCAGUCCAGCGAUGCCGUCCACUUCCGUAUUCACACGAAAUAUCUCGAGUGUAAUACCGGAGGUCUUCCACCGACAGAGGUCCACUCGAAUGACAGCGAGAUUGUCACCUUAGCAGAAGACUCGAAGACGUUGUAUUUACUCUUCGAAUUCAUCCAUCCGCGGCGGCACCCGUCCUUAGACAACGAGGAAUUCAGCACCAUCCUCGCUGUCGCAGAGGCUGCAGAGAGAUACCAAGUGUACUCUGCCAUGAACUACUGCCAACAAUGCAUUCGGAAACAUAUUCCUGAACACUCUUCCGCCAUAGUUGCGUAUGCAGCGACACACAACUACCCAUAUGUUCUGGACGGGGCAGCGACCCAAGCUCUCAAGAUUCCUCUUGAAGAGAUGAUAAAGAUGCUGCCUGUAAAUCUGGUAGUACCUUGGGUGUGUCUAUUGUCUAGCUACCCAUACUGGCUUUAG